AUGCAUAAAGUUGUGGUGCCAAAACACUCUGGAAUCCAUCGCUUUGCUUGUACGUCAAUUCGGGUAUUUUGCGAGCGCUCCCAUGAGGCUGACAUUUUGACUUCUUCAGGCCUAUCUCUUUACCGAGCCCUUCUUCGACAAUGCGUUCCCUCCAUUCGCAACACGCCGUGGCGCACCGAGACUGAGAUCCUCAUCAAACAGCGAUUCCGAAGAUACAAUGCACUACAAAGCCCUACUCAAAUAACCAAUGCUUUGAAAGGAGGGUAUGAGGCCCUAGACUUACUCGACUCUGCAUCCAAAGGCCAUCAGCAAGACGCCGAUCAACUCAGGGCCAUUCUUGCGAAAGCUAAAUCUUUGAAAGAAGAACGCGCAGCUCGAGAAAGGGACAUAGCCCUGUCAAUUCCUCAAAGACCAAUCUCGCCACGGCAAAUGUGCAAGAGAGAGUCAGUCCGCUUUCAACUAGAGACAUCGCGUCGACACCCUGAUGCUCAAUCGGUAUUGCUUCGUCCUCGGCAAUUUGUAAAUGGGAAACGCAAGACACCAGUACUGGUCAAUGCACGUGGAGUUCCUUUUCUGCGCUUCAAAAAGCCGCAGCCCAGGAACUUGAGCGGUGUUCUAAGAACCAUGUUGGAAAAACGCUGGCACCGGAUUGUUGUCCGCGAGAGAUUGUCGGCCGACCUCCUUUUCGCUCAGGAUGAAGACGCCUGGGACCACAUCACGGGCGUUACGGAAGACAAUUCAUGGUCAGAAGAAGUCAAAUCUUCUUUGGACAAUGUGUGUGCAAAAAUCCGACAGACUGACCAACAGAAUCGGAGCUUGGCAGAGCGCAUGUGGCAAGUUGUUCUUGACGAGCGAGCGCUGGCUAACAAAGAAGAGAAGGAGCGAAAGGAGCAGCAAUCAAGCCUAGACCCAACAGUUGCAGGCCAACAUUAA